CUAUUUGUGGGCGCACAAUCCUUAUUUAUUUUUUUCCCGCGCAUCGAAAGCCUCUCAAAGUUUUGACAUUUCUUUACCGUUUUACUAGGGAAAAAAUCAGUGGCGAUGGUCUGGAAUCGUAAAAAUAGACCCUGAAGAUGGUUAUGUACGAGGUUCACCGCCAUCCAGUGCUGCAGAAAUACAAAACUCACAUCUGCAGUCGGGCUACUUUGUUUCAGUUCUUUGUCGUUUGGUUAACAUUUCUUCCUCCUUUGAUCAUUGCAUAUGUUACGUAUGGAUUCUGGAUGAAAGAGAGCUCCUUCCGCGAGCAGCCAGAUGUCUAUUACAAACAUCAACUCUUACUGGUUGCCCAGGGCAACACCCCUGGCUCAUUCCUGGCUUAUAGUACCUUCCAGAACUUUAACCAGCUUUUGAAGGACAAUUUAAGAAUACCAAUGAUUAAGUCAUGGGAAGAAGAUACUAACUUGGAUGGAAAACAUGAUGCCUUGCACUUUGAGAUUCACCUCCCCCUAAAGAAUUCAGAAUCAAUCUACUCCAUUCAGUUGAUUCUCAUCUUUGAUUAUAGAUUGCAUCAAUAUGUCAACCUUCAAAUGGAAAGUCUAGCCUGCAUCUCUAUGUCGUCACCUAUCGCUGGUGCUGAGUUUAGCACAGUUGGCGACUUGACGCUGAAGCAAAGGAGCUUGCUGCCACACAAAGGCAUUUACAGUACUUAUAAUGUCCCAAUCAUUGAUGGGACUAGUACCUUAGUGGAUAGCUACAACUUGCACCAGAUCUUCAAGUCUUACAUCAAGCGCAAUGUUAGUACAGAAUAUGUGUCACCAUACUCGAUUUGGACGGGCGGGCGUGCUGCCGGACAGCCCUUUGUGGUCAAAGGGACUGUUAAUUACCCAGAGGAGACCAUUAUGUACAGACCAGGAUUCUGGCAGAUGAUCAAGUGGGCAUGGGUCCAGUACCUUGCUAUCCUCUUUAUCUUCCUCUUUGUUUUCUCCCAGGUCAAGAGGUUUGUGUUUGAGGAACAGAUUGUCUCCACUGUUCCCAUGAAGAUUGAGAAAGAGCACAGAGAUUAGGCUGUUACGUCUACAGAGACUGGACAGGCAUGUACCUAUGGGGUGGAGGGCGGGGAAAGCAUGCAACCUCCACCACCCUUGGCCAAAAAGUGGGUUAUUAUUGAAGCAAUGCUUGACGCGAGUGGGAAGCCUGUGAUUUAGCCACCUCAACAGCUUGAUCAAAGUUCCAGUGGUUUCUGAGAUUUGCAAUGUUGUUUAUUAAUAAUUUUGUCUAUA